AUGACCACCAACUCACACUCCUACUCGACAACGGCCAUAGCCUCCACCACAGCUCUGCGCUGGCUCCACAGCCCCGACCCGCGACAGCCAGAGAGCUUCAUGGAGCUGCACCACUUGGCCUACCACCACCAGCCCAGCAUGGGCGACUACUGCGACGACGACCCCCAGCCUAUCCCGCCCACCACCCCCAUGCUGCUGACCACGCCCGACCUGGCCAGCCUCUCCUGCGCAGUCGUGCCCGCGGAGGCAAUGGCCGAGUCGCCCAGCCCUGCGGCCUAUGUCUCCAGAGUUGAAGCCCCCUCGUUCCUGCCCUACAACUUCGCCAUACCCGACCACCUGCUCGCCAAGGACAACCCCCAGGAGGCGACCACUCCGAGCGGCCAGGCGGGGCUCAGCGAGCCACCGGCGCCUAGCGCGAGCCCAACAAGCCCCGAGGCCUGCGUGGCAGCGAGCGGGAGCGGUUUCAAGGUACCUCAGUCGGUGGUGUCGGCCGUGGCGGCUGCCGCUUCGCUAGCGCCAGCUUCUACCACAAGGAGUCAGGGGAAGAAAACCAAGAACGCGCCCAGGCCCAAGCGGCCACCGGCGGCAAAGGCCGCGGCGGCUCCACCCAGACGGGGGAAUGCCCCGCGUCCCACGACGGCCACCGCUUCGGUCAAGCCGGCUAUGCCCAUUGGCGGCCCUCCAGCCACAGCCCCGCAAGCGAUAGGAGAGUCAGUGCCGGAGGUCCACAACGACGACAGCACCAAGCAGGGCUGGGAGAAGAUCAUGCAGACUGUGGACACCCAGGACGCUAAGCUCCAACGGAACAAGUGGUGGUGGUACUUGCUGGCCGAGAAGAACCGCGUCACCAUGCAGGGCGGGGGCAUGGCCGGUGCCGGAACUGACCUCGAGAAGGCCCAAGGCGGAGCAGACGGCGCUGGUGCCCUGGUCAUGCCCCACACCUACGACCCGAUGCCGCUGCUCGCUGUGGCCAGCGCUUCCCGUUCGCCUUCUUCGUCUCCGAUGCUGAGGAGCCCCGGCGCCGGAGUCGUCGCCCCAGUUUCAGGAGGGGUGGAGUCGUCGCCCCAGUUUCCGCCGCUCCACGAGCUCUCCAUCUACUCCGCGUCGGAGGAUGAAGGCGGCGGCGGCGACGACUACCAGCCAGAUGAGGCCCACGACCAGGACCGCGAUGACGGUGAAGACGACGACGCCGACUGGCAACCAACCAGGGCCAAGCCCACACCGGCCUCAUCCGGGAAGAGGACCACCGCCAACCGCAGAUCAGCGCGUGUCGUGCACCCAGUUGGAGAAGAGGAAGAAGAAGAGGAAGAAGCUUCUACUCGGGCCGUAGCCACGCCCAGCGCCACAAAGGGCGUAAGGGUCCAGGACCAGCCCGAAGCCGGGUCGAUGGCCGGCUGCAGCUCUCCGCCCAAGCGCCGCAGGGUGGGCAGCAUUAGCGGUGCUGGUGCCGGACCGACAGCCGGUGACCAGGUGGUGACUGCGCAGGGCGAGGGCGAACCUGCCGCGAGGAAGCUGCCGCCCAGGUCCAGGCUCAAGGGUCUCAUCGAGUGGAUGAAGUCGUCGGGCGACUUCCCCCCGGGCGGGCCUCACCCUCCCUGUUGA